GAAGCUGUGAGGGCAAUGGCGGCGGUCGGCAGUGGGAGCUGCUUGUUUACACACUGACCGGUGGCCGCGCUCGGUGGAUGAGCGGGCGGCGGGGGAUGCUGGUGGUGGCCCGGGGCCGCUUGCUAAGAUGUCAUGGUUUUUCCCCUGGUCGAGCUCUAUUAAGAAGCGAGCCUGCCGCUACCUGCUGCAGCAUUACCUGGGCCACUUGUUGGAGGAGAGACUGACCCUGGAGCAGCUGAGCCUGGACCUGUACAAUGGCAGCGGCCGCCUCAGGGAGGUCCAACUGGAUGUCUGGUCUCUCAACGAAUUCCUGGACUCGGUGGGCACGCCGCUGGAGAUCACGGACGGCUUCAUCAGCAGUAUCUCGGUGACCAUCCCCUGGUCUGCCCUCAUCACUGAGAACUGCACCGUGGAGGUGACAGGCCUGCAGGUGACAUGCAGGCCCAAGUAUCGUUUCGUCCCAGGGACCGAGUCCCCCAGCUGGUCAUCGUGCAUGACGACCAGCAUGCAGCUAGCCAAAGAGUGCCUGAAGGAGCAGGCUGAGGAGCCAGAAGAACCCACGCAGCCCCUGGAGGGGCUGGAGAUGUUUGCACAGACCAUCGAAACAGUGCUGAGGAGGAUAAAAGUUACAUUCCUUGACACUAUAGUUCGAGUGGAACACACUCCAGAUGGGUCCAGGACCGGAGUUGCCCUGGAAGUGCACAUUAAAAGGUUGGAGUACUGUGACGAAGCUGUGAAGGACUCUGGAGGCUUCUCGAAGAGAGACCCCAUUCCCAUUGACAUCCACCAGCCUCCGGCCUUCGUCCACAAGGUGCUGCAGUUUUCCGGGGUGCUGCUGCACUAUGAGGAGAUCCCUGAGCAGGGUAGGGAACCCCAGACCUCAGCGCCCAUACCACAGCGAGCGGAAUCGGCGGCACCCUCCGCUGGGGAAUCACACGCUUGCCCUGAAGCGAGCAGCAGGACUGCAGAGGGAAGCAGUUUGCCGCCGCACUCGCCAAUGAUGCAGAUUGGCAGUUGCACGGGGUGCAUGGAGAUGACUGUGAAACUCAAGCAGAACGACGCACUCCCUGGACCGAAGUUGGAAUUAGAUGGGAAGAUGGGAUCGCUGCACCUGUUCCUGAACCCACAACAGAUCUCCAACCUGGCGGACUUACUCAGCACACUUCACCUCUCAGAAGUGAACGGGCUGAGGGAAAAGCUGAGCAAGAGCCGGCCACUGGACCCCGAGGACUUCAAACUGAUUGAGCAGGACCUCAACAAGCAGCUUCACUCGGGCCACAGCCUGGGGCACCCCAAGGGCGAAGAGCUGGACUCAUUUGCAGGCACGGAGAACGGGGUGCCCCCGGAGAUGUUUUAUUCCAUGGCCCCUAUGACCAGCAGCAUGGCCUCAGUGCAGUCAGUGAGCGAGCUGUCGGACGUGGACCUGGAGAGCUCGAUGCGCAGCGACUACAGCAGCUGCCUCCUCCAGCCCCCUUCGCUGGGAGCAGGCCUGCUGCUGAACAGCCCGCAUCGCUAUGGGAGCUCCAUGUUCCCCACCACUCUCCCCAGUUUACAGCCCAUGAGCAGAUUGCAAGGUAAAUCUCAGUCGCCCCCGUCGCUGGACAGUGUGAAGGCUGAGCUGCUGCUGAGGCUGACCAUCGGUGGGCUGACCGCCACACUGCUGCACCUGGAUCCACUUCUCGGCCAGCCCCCUGGAGUGCCAGGUGACCCCUCGGGAGCCAGGACCUUCUUCCAAAGCGCCGCCCGCCAAUACUUUACUGAGCUGGUCUACUUCAAAGACAGCAUCUUCGGGGGCCGUGAUUUUGACCACCUGAGGGGCCAGUUUGAAAGGGCCUGUCCCCAGAACAAUUUAAGGCUCAUUGGCGGCGCGGUGCAGCUGACGUGUGAGCAGAAGGUGGGCGGAGGGGCACAGCUGCUGAGUGCGGACGUCUGCUUCGGCACACUGGAAAUCCUGGAGUGCCUGUGCGCCCCGGCGGCACCUGGGACCAAGCAGCGGGUGGCUGAGUACACGGAGCUGCUGAUGUUCAGGGAGGCCUCUGGCUUGGCUUCUGGGCCCAGUGUGGGGCCCUGCGCUCAGGUUCACUACAGACUGACCCAGAGGACCACGGGCAAGGGUAGCCGCCGUAAGGUGAAGCGCAGUGCUGAGCUGCUGAUCGAGCUGCAGGAGGCCCACGUGGAUAUCGACGUCGGCUUCCUGGACCGAAUGGACUUCCUGCUCCAGCCCUGGCCGGCGGGAGGGCAGGAGUGGCCGGCAGCGCAGAGGCGGCCGUCGGAGCAGACGCUGAUCUCCGGGGCCUCUGGGCUCCAUGCGGAGCCUCCCUCUGUACUGGGGCAGCCGACAACCGUGCGUCUCACAGCCCCCAGGGCCCACUUCCGGCUGCAGUUCCCAGUGCCUGACCUGCGUCCCGAGCCCGAGCGCACGCCCUGGUUCCAGAAGGCCGUGCGUAAGGAGUCCCUGAGGCUGGAGUGCACAGACCUGACCUGCAAAACCGAACUCGGAGCCACUGCCAGAACCGAGCCCGUCAAAUAUGAAGCCAGCUUCAGUGACCUGCACGGUGUGUAUGAAGAUGGAGUCAGCCCCGGUGUGUCUUGCAUCCGAGUGGUUAAAGCACCUGACAAAGGUGCAGGGAGAAAGUACAUAAAUCCAAAAAUCGUGCUGACAGUGAACCCGGACUAUGGCGCCUCCGAGUGGGACCUGAUCAUGGAGAAGACAGAGGACAUGGACCUCUCGGCGGUCGAGAGCCCUUGUGAGCUAAAGCAGCCCGAGCCGUCUCCUUUCUCAUCCAAGCGCACUAUGUACGAGACAGAGGAGAUGGUGAUUCCUGGCGAUCCGGAAGAGAUGGCACAGUUCCAGUCUCAGACACUGGGCAUGUCCCAGUAUGUCCUGGAGUUGACCCUCCCAGCGCUGCACCUGCUGCUGCCCAGCAAGGAAUUCUACGAGAGCAUCUACAACAGAAUUAAUAACGACCUGCUGAUGUGGACGCCAGCCUCACCCGUCUCGAGCACCAUGGCGCAGGGCGCAGGCACCACCGCUAUCCACCCUCUGCUGCUGGGCUGCGUGCCCUUUGCCCAGGACAACUUCCGCCUCUGCAAGUCGGCAUUCAGACUGGACUCUGACUCUGAAGAUGAAGAUACCCACGUCCACUUGGCUGAAGAGAAUGGGAGGAGGAGAAAGCCGGAGGCCCGGAGGGGGAGAGCACAGAGCUUCCUGUCAGCCGUCGUGAACAUCGGAAAAGGGAGGGUCACGGCUCUGACCGACUCAAAGGGUGAAGCGGAGAAGGCAGUCAGCGGGGUUCACGGAGAACUGGUCCUCGACGUGGAGAGCGGCACCAUCUUCAGCGUGUCUCAGUACAAGGGGCAGCCUGACCUGAGCUACCUGUGCAUCGAGUCCAGCAAAGUGGCACUGUACCAGAAAGCCGACGUUGAGGAUUACCCCCUUCCGGAGCGACUGGAUGUGCCGAGCUUCACCGCCCCACCGGGACUGGCUCCGACCAUUCUGUGCUCGGACGAGGGGCUGGUCACCAAAACUUCAGCGGCCGCUGGACGGAGGGACAGGAGCCCGCCCAUGCUGUCCACAGCCAUCAAGAUCACGCUGGACACCAAGAAGAGCAUCAAGGAGUUCCUCGUUGCCCUGAGACUAGAAGGUGCCACCCUGUGCCACCGGAUGGCCCUGACGAACCAGAGCUGGCACGAGCAGUUGAUGGAUUUCUUCGAUGUGAUUGACGACCCAAUUCUGGGCUACAGCCCCCCCACGGUGAUCACAGUCCUGCACACCCACCUUGUCAGCUGUGCCGUCGACUACAGACCUCUCUACCUCCCGGUCCGAGUCUUAAUCACGGCAGAAACCUUCACCCUGUCCAGCAACAUCAUCGUCGACACGGCCACUUUCCAUCUCAGGUUUAUUUUAGACGACUCUGCAGUCUAUUUGUGCGACAGGUGCAACACGGAGACCGUGGACUUGAAGAAAGAUUAUGUCUGCGUGCUGGAUGUAGACCUGCUGGAGCUGGUAAUCACCACGUGGAAAGGAGACUUGGGAGGAAAGCUGGCACAGCCACUGUUUGAGCUGCGCUGCUCCAAUAACGUGGUGCACGUCCACACUUGCGCCGACUCGUGUGCCACCCUGGUGAACCUGGUCCAGUACGUGGUGAACAGCGGAGACCUCCACCCUCCGCCCAAACAGGACAGUCCGACUGAAAUCGCCGGCCAGAAGCUGCAGCUGCCGGAGUCUGCGAGCACCCUCCCACCUCGACUUCCAGCGGAGACGGCCGAGAUUAACCAGGGUGACCUGACAGACGCUCUCAUCGACACCGAGCGGAACCGGAGGGACUCGACUGACGCAUCAGGGAUGCCCCUGCUCCGACAGGACUCCCCUGUGUCUGUCUACCUUUUCCCGGGCGAGAACAACCAGGAGAAGCCUCCCUCCAAACCCCCCUCAGCCCUCGACAGGCUGGAUGUGUAUCCCUCCGAGGGCAGCGAGGCAGGAAGCGACUCCACUGACAAUGACGACUUCUGCAUCCUGGACGCUCCAGGCAUGGGAAUUCCGCCCAAAGACGGCGAGCCGGUGGUCUCCAAGCUGACGGACGACUGCAUCUCCAUCAAGGACGGCUACUUCUCCAGGCCCAUCGGGAGCACGGACCUGCUGAAGGCCCCGGCCAGGUUCCCCGUCCCCGACAUGCGCAUCAUGCUGCGGGAGAUCUCCGUGGUCUGGCACCUGUACGGAGGGAAGGACUUUGGCCCUCAUCGCCCGUCUUCCAUGCACGCGCACUCUCCGAGGAUGAAGCCGGUGUCAGUCAGCGCCAGGAGCUCACCGUCCCGCUCCGCCUUCCCCAACCGGCCGCAGAACACGUGGAGGACCCAGGGCGGCAGUGGCAGGAACCACGAGAUCCUCAUGGAGAUACAGCUCACCAAGGUGAGCUUCCAGCAUGAGACGUAUCCUGCUCCUGCCAUCGCGCUCGAGAAAGGUCCACCUGAACUGCCGGCUCCCGAGCUGGAGGAGCAGCCGAUCGCCCGGCAGGUCUUCAUCGUCCAGGAGCUGGAGAUCCGAGACCGCUUGGCCGCCUCCCAAAUCAACAAGUUCCUUUAUCUCUACACCAGUGAGAAGAUGCCCAGGCGGGCCCACUCUAACAUGCUGACGAUUAAGGCCUUUCACGUACGGCCAGAAUCUGGGCUUGGCGGUCCUGAAUGCUGCCUACGAGUUUCCCUCAUGCCACUUCGCCUCAACAUUGACCAGGAUGCCUUAUUCUUCCUGAAGGAUUUCUUCACAAGCUUUGCAACUGGAAUCAAUCCCGUUGUUCCUGUUGAAACUGCGGCAGAAGCCAAGCCCGACCCCAGCCAGAGAGCAAGCGGAGCUUUCGACGCCGACUCCACCGGCAGGGACGCCGACUCCGGUCAGAGUCUGCCCGAGAUGACCGCCUCGAUGGAGACGACCUUCAGCGAGCAGAGCUCCUCGUCCACAGCCUCCUCUUCCGCCGAGCAGCCAAUCUAUUUCAGGGAAUUUCGAUUUACCUCAGAAGUACCAAUCUGGUUGGACUAUCACGGAAAGCAUGUAACCAUGGAUCAAGGUACGUUUGCUGGUAUACUCAUAGGACUCGCCCAGCUCAACUGCUCUGAACUGAAGCUGAAGAGACUAUGCUGUAGACAUGGCCUGCUGGGGGUGGACAAAGUGAUCAACUACGCCUUGAACGAGUGGCUGAAUGAUAUCAGGAAGAACCAACUCCCGGGCAUUCUCGGAGGCGUGGGGCCCAUGCAUUCUGUGGUACAGCUGUUUCAUGGACUCAGGGAUCUCUUCUGGCUGCCAAUCGAACAGUACCGGAAGGAUGGACGGAUUAUCCGGGGGCUGCAGCGGGGGGCCGCGUCCUUCGGGACCUCCACUGCCUCUGCAGCUCUGGAGCUGAGCAACCGACUGGUGCAGGCGAUUCAGGCCACUGCGGAGACUGUUUACGACAUCCUGUCCCCGACUCCGCCGGUGACCAAGGCGGUUGUGGACAAGCGGUACCUGAAGAAAUACAAGAGGGUGCAGCAGCCAGCGGACUUACGCGAGGGAGUUGCCAAAGCUUAUGACACUGUUAGAGAGGGCGUCAUCGACACAGCCCAGACCAUCUGCGAUGUGGCUGCGAGGGGGCACGAGCAGAAGGGCAUCACCGGGGCAGUGGGCGGCGUCCUGAGGCAAAUCCCGCCCACCGUGGUCAAGCCCCUCAUCGUGGCCACGGAGGCCACCUCCAACCUGCUCGGGGGCAUGCGCAACCAGAUCAAGCCGGACGCCCACAAAGAAGACAGCCUGAAGUGGCGGACGGACGAAGGCCAGGAGUAGACGGCCGGCCCCCUUCGUCCAUUUGGAAUUCGCCCGUCGUUUCUUAAAAAAAAACACAAACAAACUUUAAAAAAAAAAUAAUAAUAAUUAAGGAAAGUGCCAUCUGCUUCGGCCGG